AUGCUGCACCACCUCCGCCGAGGCGCGUCAACCGCCGCCGUCCAGCGCUCGAUCGGGCGGCCAGCGAUGACGCAAUCUCCAUCCCGCACCUUCCACUUUAGCUCUUCAACAGCCAAGUCUUCAUCUUCGAGUGGGAACCAGCGCACUGCCAGCGCCGCCUCUUUCUUUCUAGACGCCAAGGCCGCCUGCAAGGGCAAGAACUGCGUUCUAGGGAAGGAACCCAGCGGCAUUGGAGCCAAUCCAGCUACGUGUGGAGAGGACUCUUUUUUUAUCACACCGGACGUCGUGGGAGUGGCUGAUGGUGUCGGUGGCUGGAACGAGAACGGAGUGGAUCCGGGCAAGAUCUCGCGCUCACUUAUGCGCAAUGCGGCCGUGUUUGUGCGACAGCAGAGAGCUGAGAACAGUAGCGCCUCCACACAGAAAAUUCUGUCCCAUGGCUACAAUCAAGCACUAUUGGACGACGGAGUGGAAGCAGGCAGCACGACUGCGUGCAUUGUAAGACUCAAACACUCGAGCGAUGGUAAGCCUGUGCUGGAGUACUCGAACCUUGGAGAUUCAGGCUUUGUUGUCAUUCGACAUGGCAAAAUCAUCUUCCGAAGUCAGUUCCAGUGUUAUGGACGUGCACCGUAUCAGCUGGCAAAAGUCCCGCUUCGAUUUAAGCAGUAUGGUGCUAUUGAAAACCGCCCUGAUGAUGCUGACUCGGGUGAGAUUGAUGUACAAGAUGGAGAUCUUGUGGUGCUUGCCACUGACGGCGUAUGGGACAACUUUGCGCCGGAUCUCCAAAAGGUGCCGAGACAAUUUCCGCCGGCGCUCUCCUGGCGACGGUACUGGUCGGUAGAGCUUGCGUCCUUUGUGGAAGUUGUUACGGAGAGCCCCGACGAGGCAGCCAAAAAUGUCGUGAUGGCCUCACUGCGCCACAAUCUUAAACCGGACGACAUUACGGUUAUCGUGGCGAAAGUAGUCGUGAUGGCAUCUAAGCUGUAG